UACAUAUAUAUAGUAGUGAGGUUGAAAAGGUGCUACUUUGUGUGUUGCAUCAUAUUGUGUUAAGUACGAGACAUUAAUAAUAAUAAUAAUGGAGAACUACUCAUCUCUGGAGAGAGAUCUAAGUGACAUGAAGGCUUAUUUUGGGACCGGAAAAACAAAGGAAGCAUCAUGGAGACAAUCUCAGCUUAAGGCUUUGCAUAAAUUCCUCCUUGAAAAUGAGGAUCAAAUCUUCAAGGCCCUCAACCAGGAUCUGGGCAAGCCUCAAGUUGAAGCUUUUAGAGAUGAGGUGGGAACUUUGAUUAAGACCUUAAAUUUCGUGACCAAGUCUUUGAAACAAUGGAUGGCUGGCAAAGAGGCUAAACUGCCACGAAUAGCAGUGCUUUCGAGUGCAGAAAUAGUUGCUGAGCCUCUUGGCUUAGUUCUCAUAUUCUCGUCAUGGAAUUUUCCCUUGGGACUAUCAUUGGAGCCACUAAUAGGAGCAGUAGCUGCUGGAAACAGUGUAGUUCUGAAGCCAUCAGAGAUGUCACCUGCUUGUUCUUCUCUUCUGGCCAAUGUUCUUCCUUCUUACUUGGAUUCCAAUGCCAUCAAGAUCAUCCAAGGUGGACCAACUCUUGGGGAGCUACUCUUAAAGCAAAGAUGGGACAAGAUCUUCUUCACAGGAAGUGCAAGGGUGGGAAGGAUUGUUAUGAGUGCAGCAGCAGAGCAUCUGACACCUGUGAGUUUGGAGUUAGGAGGAAAGUGUCCAGCAUUGCUUGAUUCUCUUGCAACAACUUGGGAUAGAGAGGUGGCUGUGCAACGAAUUUUGGUGGCCAAAUAUGGAGCUUGUGCAGGACAAGCAUGCAUAACAAUCGAUUAUAUCCUUGUAGAAAAGGCUUUCAUUUCUACAUUGAUGCCAUUACUGAAGGAUGGGAUUAAGAAAAUGUUUGGAGAAAAUCCAAGAGAGUCCAAGAGCAUUGCAAGGAUAGUUAAUAAACAACAUUUCUUGAGACUCAAGUCUCUCAUCAACAGUGAUCCUAAGGUCAAAGAAUCGGUGGUUCUUGGUGGUUCAUUUGACGAAGAUAACUUAUUUAUUGAACCAACUAUAUUGGUGGAUCCGCCUCUUGAAUCGGCAAUCAUGACGGAUGAAAUCUUUGGCCCACUUCUUCCAAUUAUCACCGUGGAGAAGAUUGAAGAUAGUGUUAAAUUCAUAAACUCAAGGGCAAAACCUCUAGCAAUCUAUGCCUUUACCAAAAACAAAUCUCUACAAAAAAGGAUGGUAGCUGAGACAUCAUCUGGAAGCCUUGUAUUCAAUGAUGCAAUUGUACAAUAUAUAGCUGAUACCCUGCCAUUUGGAGGAGUUGGUGAGAGUGGAUUUGGAAAGUACCAUGGCAAGUUCUCCUUUGACAUUUUCAGUCACCACAAGGCAGUCGCAAGAAGAAGUUACUAUACAGAUUUUUGGUACAGGUUUCCUCCAUGGACUCUUAAAAAGCUUCAACUCCUUGAGGUCUCUUACAAUUUGGACUAUAUUGGAAUCCUCCUUGUCUUGCUGGGUUUAAGGAGAUCAAACCGGAAAUUCAUUAAUUAAUUCACUAAUCCAGAUUAAUUAAGGUGUAUGUGUUUAUUAUUGGUUCUCUAUGUCUUGUUUCUUUAAUAAUUAAUUGGCUUUAUUGUGGAAACUAUUGGAAUAAGGAUAGAUAAUGGAAUAUGUGCAGGUGUAUGCUAUGUGUUUGGGGGAUAAUAAACCAUUUAAUUUCGUGAUCAAUUUUCAAUAUGUGAUGUGAUGCCAACUACAUAUUAUUUUUGU